GGCUACACAGGCCCCCGAAUUUCAGUCUUUAUGUUUUAGACUUGUCCACAUUCCCACACACGUGAAGCCUAAGGGUCACUAUCGGCGUGGAAAUCUCCGCACCUGCUCCUCCAGCGGUGAGGCCGGAGUCCCCACCAGAAGUGUCUACGCCCUUCGCCGUGACCGCGUGGCUCCCUGCGCGCUUCGCGGCCCGUGGAGGGUCCGGGGUGGUUGGUGUCCGGGGAAACACUGAGGAGUUUUUGGGCAUCUUUGGAAGGACAGACAUAUGAAGAGAGGAAAAGCAACAAUCUCUCAGCUUGGUGUACAUGGAGGAGCUCAUUGUUCCUGACUCUCCUGUGACAAGGGACAGCAGAAGGUGGUCUUUUCAGUAUUUCCAGGUCCUUCUGACCGUGAGUGUGGUGUGAACUGAUUAAGGGGCUGUGUGGACACAUUUAAAGGCAUAUUCUAUAACUCCUCAACAUAGUACCUGAGAAAAUAACUUCAGGCAGGAACACGACCAGGAAAAAAAUGGCUGCUUCUCAGGGACCAUUGACCUUCAGGGAUGUGGCUGUAGACUUCUCUCAGGAGGAGUGGGAAUGCCUGGAUCCAGCUCAGCGGACAUUGUACCAGGAUGUGAUGUUGGAGAACUACAGGAACCUGGUCUCCCUGGGUCUUGCUGUGUCUAAGUCAGUCCUGGUCCCCUUUAUGGAGCAAUUGAAGGAGCCCUGGGAUGUGAAUGGCAAAAGGACAAUAUCCAUCCUCUCAGCCAUGUCAUUUGAAGACAACUGGGCCUUGUUGCAAAAGCCAGGAAUAGAAGAUUUAUUCUCUCAAAGAGUACUGAGUACAUAUGAUGGAGACAGAAGUUACCAAUGGAAUGAACAUAAGAAAUUUAAGCAAGAGUCAAAUCCUAAUAAUCAUCAGAGAAUACAGCUUCGAGAGAACCAUUAUAAACAUGGAAAAGUCUUUGGUGAAAUGUCAAAUCUAAAUAUACAUCAGGUCAUUUAUAUUGUGGAGAAGACAAACAAACGAAGUAAAUGUGUCACAUCUUUUAAGCAACCUUCAAAUUACACUGAAGAAGAGAAUAUUCGUCUCGAGGUAGAAGCUUACAAAUGUAAUCAGGGUGGGAGUAUCUUCAGUCAAAAAUUCAAUCUAAAUAAAUAUAAGAAAAGACAUACUUGUGAAAGACCUUACAAAUGUAAAGAAUGUGGUAAAACAUUUCAUCGGUCUUCAUGUCUUGCUAUACAUCAAAUAAUUCAUACUGGCGAGAAGCCUUACAAAUGUAGAGAAUGUGGCAGAGUCUUUAGCCAGUCCUCAAAUCUUACUGAACAUCAACGAAUUCAUACUGGAGAGAAGCCCUAUAAAUGUAGAGACUGUGGCAAAGCCUUUAGCCAGCGCUCAGGACUUACUCAACAUCAGAAAAUUCAUACUGGAGAGAAGCCUUAUAAAUGUAGUACAUGUGCCAAAGCCUUCACUCAGCAGUGGUGUCUUACUCGACAUGAGAGAGUUCAUACUGGAGAGAAACCAUACAAAUGUAGAGAAUGUGGCAAAGCUUUUAGUGCUUCCUCAGCCCUUACUGAACAUCAGAGAAUUCAUACAGGAGAGAAGCCUUAUAAAUGUAGAAAAUGUUCCAAAGCCUUUAAACAGCAGUGGUGUUUUACCCGACAUAAGAGAAUUCAUACUGGGGAGAAACCUUACAAAUGCAGACAGUGUGGCAAAGCCUUUAGCGCGUCCUCAAACCUAACUGACCAUCAGAGAAUCCAUACUGGAGAGAAGCCUUAUAAAUGUAGACAAUGUGACAAAGCUUUUACCCAGCGUUCAAAAUUUACUGUGCAUCAGAGAGUUCAUACUGGAGAGAAUCUUUACAGUUGUAAGGAGUAUGGUAAAGCCUUUGCGUGA